AUGCUUGCUUCCAAGUUCAAGAACAAGGGUUUCUUUGCAGACAUGUCUCCAGAUGCAUGGUUGGCAUACGCGAACUACCUUUUGGGCGAGAAAGUAUAUUUAAUGCAAGUACCUGCAGGUGGCAAGAUGGAUCAGGCCCCGCUUCGGCCACCAUGGGUGGUGGUUCUCAAUUAUGAAUAUGAACUUCGGAAGGAAGCCAUAAAGAGGGCAUACCGAGACUCGCGGCCGCUCCGCGAGACCCUGCGGGAAGUCACUGAAGAUGCUCACAUCAAAGAACAGUAUUUCACUUCGCCUAUCGCCCUACAGAACCGAGGCAAGCGUGCUAGCGACUCAUGGGAACCUUGGGAUGAUGGCAACUACAACAAGUGGAAUCGGAACACAUGGAAGGGUGGCUGGCAGCACAAAGGCGACAAUGACAAAGGACUCCGGAUGGUCGUUUCAUUUGCUUUGCCUUCUCUGGACCUGGGUGCGAUGGCAACUGUGGGAUGGUUCAUUGCUGUCAGGUUGAUCACCUAUGCGAGGACAGUACACUUGGCAGCUGGACAGAUCCCGUCCCUGGAGGACCCGGCCAGCAUUUGGCAAUGGUCGGAGCUCAGGAGCUUGCGAACAUGCUGCUUUGCUCGGCUUGUGAUCAUCGCUCGACUGACGGAUCGUUCCAAGGUGCCGAGGCGGCGCAUCCUGCCGUGCAAAUGCCUAGCGAUGCAGGUGAUCAAGCAUUCUUCGGGGGUGUUCAGUUCCAUCGGUGUUUUCUUGAAUGUGCAAGCUGAGAUGCAUAAAGUCUGGACCGAGGAUGCUGCCGGGACCAUCUUACGAGAGGUGCGUGGUGUUUUCAAGCCAGGAGCCCGCGGCGAGAAAAGAGCCCGAGGCAUCAUCAUCGCAGUCGUUCUCGUCGAGGCCAGCAUCCGCGCCUCCAGGUCUUUUACAACCAGUUGCACCUCGACCUCGCCCCACUUUGAGCCCUUCGAUCAGAAUGGUCUCAGCUUCUCCUCGGGCACCUGUUUCCAGCCCCGAUCGGCCACCUGGACAGUGGACACCGGCAUCGGGUCAAAGACCUGUGACAUGGGCCGAAGUUGCAGUUUCAAAGGGCUCCAGCAUCCAGAGCUGCUGACCCUCAGCAAGCUUUACAACAAGCUGCAGCCUCCUUUAGAAGCCAGCCUGCCAGCAGUGUCACUGCCUCUAGAAGCCAACCUGCCAGCAGUGCCAGUGCACCUGCUGUCCACUCCCAGUCCGAUGGACGAGGAGCCCAUGUUUCAAGCAACACACCGCAGCACUUACGAGCAGCUGCAAGAACAGAUCUCACGACGGGCCAAAGGCCGCAAUGCCGUGGAUUACUACGAAGAAGGGAUGUCUCCCCUUCUUGCAUACAUGUUCUUUGUGUUGCAUUAUGAUGAAAACUUUUUGACCAUCAAUGGAAUUCAUGAGUGGCCGAUCAUACCACACAGUGCCAUUCGCCGGUUUACUGAUCGUGUUGCAUGGAUACAACAGUUUUCGGUGCCAAUGCCCAGGAUCCGGAAAGAGGAUGUGGAGCAAGUUUUGCAGUUUUUGUUGACUCGUUUUGGCCCAGCCGACAAGCCUUUUCUGCCGAUGAUUCCAAUUGGCCAGCGAGAAAUUGUGCUGCUAGCAAAGGUUAUUUUGGCCAGCAAGAUUCCCUACAGGGAAAUCUUUCAGCAUGAUGCAAAAGCUUAUGCUCUGCCUCAAGAGGCACUGCAUGUGUGGCAGCUGCCUGUAGCCCACCUGCCUGGACCGGAGGAACAGGCCAACAGGUCCAGUCUCGAGGCUGUAGGGUCUUCUCAAUCUGAUGAGAUCUUGUCGUUCUACGGCAAAGCCUCCCAG